AUGGUGGUGGAGACUCCACUCUCGGAUGAUAAUCCAAAAAAUGAGAAUCCGAGUAGUUUUAGUGGAGGCUCCGCCUCUAGAUUCAAAGGAGUAAUGCCUCUGAGCAGUGGUAAAUGGGGUGCACGGAUCUCCCAUAAGUACAAGCCAUAUUGGCUUGGGGCACAUCAGAAAGAGGAACAGGCAGCCAGGGCUUAUGAUAGAGCAUCCAUCAAGCUUCAAAGGCGUGAUGCCCCCCUCAACUUCCCUUGGACUAAUUACUCUGAUCAAGAGAGCAUAUUCCAAAGCCAGUACUCAAAUGAGGAAAUUCUGAACAUGAUCAGGGAUCAAACUUACUCAUCCAAGUUCAAAAAGUUCCGAUCAAAUCAUUCCUCGGUUAAGGGAAAUCCAACAUGUAACUUAAUGAAUGAUCAAGGAAUCUCAUACCAGUUACUCUUUCAGAAGGAAUUGACCCACAAUGAUGUUGCCAACAAGAAUUUACUCAUCCCAAAGGAAUUUGCAUUGAAAUACUUCCCACCACUUGCUAUCAUCGAUUCAGACAAAAAUGAAGAGAGGAGAGAGUCCAUCAAAUUAACCUUCUAUGAUAAACAUUGUCGUUCAUGGACUUUUCAAUAUUCAUUUUGGAAGAGUUCCAAGAGCUAUGUUUUCACAAAUGGCUGGAGUCACUUUCUCAAGAUGAAUAACUUGAACCAUAAAGACAUUGUCUUUUUCUACAGAUGUGAGAAUGAAGAGAACAGUGUGUUUUACAUGAUAGAUGCACAGCCAAAAAAUGUGGAAAAUUCUGUCUCUGGUGGGAAUAUGGGGCAGGAAAUGGGUUUAAAAGGAAUCAUUAACAAUGGCCUAGAUGCUGCUAGCAUGAGACAAGAGGAGGCAAAUAAAGUGCUCAAACUAUUUGGUGUGCAGAUUGGUUACUUAAACCACCAAGCUUCCCAUCAACUCGUUUGA